AUGGCACCGGCGCACGACGAGGACGAGAUAGUAGUGUUGUUCGAACAGAAAUCAAGACAAAAAUCAAGAAAGGUUCUCAGAGCCUCCCCAGAGAUCCAGGUUUAUCCUCACCGACCAACCAAAGAGAUUCGACAUCUGCAGACCGACAUGAAACCAGUCAACCAAAUCACAAUCUCAGUGGCCAUCAAGAAACUCAACGUCCAUCGUAGAUUCGUUUAUUUAUCGAACGAAUCGAGAUGCCUAACUGGAUCCUGGAGGCCACCCUCCGCAUCAGCAUGCUCCUCACCUGAUUUCAACUCCAAAUUAUUAAUCUUAAAACUGGACUCAGUGGAAGGACUCCAGUUCCAAGGAUUGCAAUCUUUGCCGCCUUUUCUUCCAAAAGCUAUUCAACCAAGCCAGUUGAUCAAAGUUGCAGUGAUAAGAAGCUACGCGGGGGUUGGCCGGCGGUCUCAUAAUGAAAGGGAUAAGGAAGCCGUCGCCUUUAAAUUGAAGAUCAUCUAUAAGCUCCAUGGUCGUAAAGAUGUUGCAAGUGGGUCGGGCCGUCAAGGGAGUCAACAUUCCAAAGCCUCUAGAAAAAGUGUCUCUCAUUCGAAAGCAGCCAGGGGGGGCCAGGACGAAGAUAUCAUCGUGAUUUCAUCAGAUGAAGAUAAAGGUCCACGGCAGAGCGCGAGAAACGCAAAGACCUCCUCCACCGGCGUUGGUGAUAAAAAUCCAGAGAAGGACAUCAAGAUGGAUAUCGAUGAGCUGAAACCCAAGUCAGACGAAGAAAGCACCCAGAUUUUGUACGAAAUCAAAUGUUUGUUAAAUCUGAACCCAGUAGAUUCACAUCGAGACACUCCACAGGCGCUCAAGAUCGAAGAGGACUCCAAUGUCCUUGAUAUGAGACCGGGAAAUCCCAAGCAGGAAGAACGUCUUUCUGAUUUGGAUGAGGGACAGAUCAGCGACUCUGACGAAAUUACCACACAAUUUAAAGACAUUACGAAGCUAAUAAUGUUCUUAAGGGAAGAUGAAAGACACUUUGGACUGAUAAAUUGCAAUGACAUUGACCAGACGGACCAUGUCAGCGAACAUCCGAUCGAGGAGAGACCAAGAGAUAGUACAGCGCUCACUGACGCGCCCAAUCCGAUGGUUAACGCGAGCGCUAGUCGUAUUCCGAGCCAGACAAAUGCGGCCGAUGAGAAUGGAAGCCAGCAGUCGUUGAACAAGGAUACGGGUUCUGGGAAUCAGGCACUCCAGAGCGAGCCAUUACCAUCGGAUCGGAUGGACGUUGACCAUUCUAACCCCGGCGACAGCCUUUCGAGGACUAUUGGCAGUCUCGCCGUUUCGAGAGGUAAAAGUCUCAUUGGCAGCGAAAAUGUUGAAGAGGAGUCUGACGACUUGGAAUACUUGUUCAAAGAAACUUUCGAAGAGUCUACGACGCCGCCCUUUGAAGAGCUCGACCCAAUCCCUUGCAUUCCUAGCACCAAUAACAAUCCUGGUCCCUCCCCUGACUUGCCUGACAGAUUCGAGGCGACCACAACCCCCCCAGUUGAUCAGCCCGCCCAGUCAGUGACCAGAGAAAGCAAUCCAUCGCUGCGCAAUGAUUUUGGUCUGGAGAAAACUGAGCUUGAGCGUGCUUUGGAGGAAGUGAACGCCAGACACGCUUUCUUCAACGACAACAAUCCGUUCCAUUCGAAUAUGAGCCUAUCCAACGAUUUCCUCAUGGAUGACCCUAAUCCUAUCGUCAGCAGUCUUGAUCAAAUAGCGCGUGAUGUUCCUCAGCCUGCCGUCGACUUGCAAGUUAACCCCUCAAGUACAACUCCAAGCCCUAGCCCGAGCCCUGAGAUACAAGACAAUCGUCGCGGUUCUUCUUCCACUCCGGCUCCCGACGCUGAGCAACCUAUUGGAAUGGCAGCUGGCAUGUCGGUUGAUAGUCCGGUUCAAGCCGAUCCGCCGACCGAUCAUCCGAUAAGAGAUGAUUUUCCGGUGGAUAGUCCGGAUACGGGGAGUGGGCCAACAGAUAUUCCGGUUCCAGCUGGGAUCCCGGUUGGCACUCCUGUUUCAACGGCCACCCCGGCAGAUAUUCCGGUUCCGGGCGCUAUGCCGAGUGAUAUCCCGGUUUCGGGCGCUACGCCGACCGAUAUUCCGGUUCCAGCCGAGAGGCCGGCUGAUAUUCCGGUUCCAGCCGAAAGGCCGGCGGAUGGUCGGGUUCAACCUGAGAAGCCGGGUGAUCGUCGAAUUUCAGCUAAGGGGUGGACUGCUCGUCGGGGUGCGGCUAAAAGGUCGGCUGGCAGUCGGCUUCCAGCUAAGAAGCCGGCUGAUGAUCCAGCUGCCGCUGAUAUGCCGGACAUUCCGGUUACAGUGGGGCAAUCGGAGGAUACUACCUCUCGAGCUGGCGAUAAUUCAUCGGAAGAAGCUGACACGGAUCCAAGAUGGAAGCUCUCAAAGGGCCGAGCCCCUCGAGUUGAUGAUAGUUCAUCGGAAGAAGCUGACACGACCCCAAUGCGGAAGCCCUCCAAGGGCCGAGCGUCUCGAGUUGGCGACAGUUCAUCAGAAGCUGACGCGAACCCAAGUCGGAAGUCCUCAAAGGGGCGAGCCAAGUUGGAAUCUGACCGGAAAAACAAGGCCUAUGGACCCAGAAGGAAGAAGGGUUCGAAAGUUGAACGUGAUGACGAUUAUUCUGCCAUGUCUUCUGAACCUGAAAGCUCCGAAGAUGCUUCAGACUCCGCUUCUCAACGAUCACGUCCUCCUAAACUUAAGGCCGACGUGCCCGGAAAAGACUCCAGUGGACGCACAGAGCCGCUAUCGUAUGAUGAGCUCAAUUCCCAGACGACAGCUUUAGAGAUUUAUCUGGAACAGCUCAAGCGCAAGACUCAGGGUACCAUCAAUCGUUUAAAGGCCGAAGCCAAGCUCUUAAAAGAGACAACUGUCAAGAAAUCGAUCGCCUGUCGUCAACUGAAAUUGCGCCUGGAGAACAAGGACGACAAGAUUCUACAGCUCACCCAAGACAUUCCAUUGGAGUACUAUGCCAUUCAGCAACAACUUGAGGACACCUUGAAGACCGGCUUAAUCAAUCACCUACGGACCCUCCUUACUCAAAUCACUCAAAACGACAACCGAAUUCAAAUCCUUCUGAUGGAAAGAGAGAUCCAUGCAGAGAUGAGACCAGAGUUGGAAGAUCAAGCUAAUGGCCUCGAAGCUGCAGUCCGUCGAUUGCAAUUAUAUCCGAAUAUGUGA